CGCUUCGUGUAUAGUGUACAGCUGUGUGUGCGGUUCCUUUGCGUUCUUGGGGAAAACCAGCGCGGUACAGGGGCCUACAGCACACUUGCUGCCAACGCUCGUUUCCUCGUAAACUCACGAGAGCGCCGAAUGACGGUGUACGUCAUGCCAAACAUGCGCCAAUUUUCCCGUCCCCAGACAGAGCGUAGGGCAGGAAAAAUCCCUCCACACGAGACGGCCUCCGGCACCGUAGUUUGUGUUUUGAUGCCGUCGGAAGCGGACGUGAAAUCGAAAAUUCAUUGAAUCGGCUCCUCGCUGCUUCGUGCAACAAGUGGACUUCUUGAAAGGGAGCCGGGUGAACCGACAUAUCGAUCCAACAAACUAGAACGACUCUGCGACGGCAUCCUUUGGCCUAGUAUCCGUAGCGACUGUUGCUCUCCAUCACUACUCCGUACCCCAGCUGUGCUGCAAUUCGUUUGUGUAUCGGAUCGAAUUUCUUACGGAGGGUAGUUCUAGCCAAGCGAAAACGGCGAUGAGAUAUCCAAACACGCUCGAUCUCAAUACGUACCGGGCGUACAUGUGUGCCAGGCACUUGAAUCGUGACAAACACCGGCAGCUCGAUGCCAUCAAUCUGGACUGGGACUUGAAUGUAGCGGAACCGCUCAAAACGCUGUGUCUGAAGGCGAUCGCCGAAAACUGGAUGACGGUACCGUACUUCCGCGAGCUUCCCCUGUGCGAAGACCGACAGUAUCUUCUGGAUCUGUUGGAUCUAAACUUUCCACUCGAGAAUCUGUGUGCCCGCGUCCGUAGCGAUGCAUUUUGGAAGCGGGCAUUCCAGCACCGUUGGCGCAAUUUUGUCCCCAUCGAGGUGGGCUCAAAACCUUGGAUCCGGAUCUAUCUUGAGCAGCAUCUGUCGGAGACGAUCGAACAUCUGAAGCCGGCCGACUAUGAUCAGGAGAGUGUGAGGAAAAUCAUCGAUCUGUGCUCGCCGUUUGUGCGGGAACUGCGUAUCGAACGGCUGCAACCAUCGCUCUCCGACAACAGUGAUCACGUGCCAUUCGACAUGAUACUCGGGUGUUUGCGGAAGCUGCAGCGAAUCAGCUUAACGUACGAUGUGAAGGACGUUGGCCACAAUUUCUUUCUCGGAUGCGCGACCAUCACGGAGAUGGAUGUGAAACUGAUGACGCAGGGUCUGGAGCGGUGCGGAGAUUUGACCGAAUUCCGGUUGCACAGCAGUAAACUCGAACCGACCAUGAUGAAGCGCAUCAGCGCGGCACUGAUCAAGGGCUGCCCCAACCUGACCACGAUCGCUUUUCCACACUGUCGCUGUGGCGAUAUCGGUCUGCGGGCGUUCUGCGAACCGAUCAAACCGAACUCUUUCACCAAUAUACGGGAGAUCGUGCUGACUAACAACUUCCUGUCUCCGGAAAGUGUCCAGGAGCUUACGUGGCGCCUGCGGCAUCGCCCUAUCCAGCGACUAGACCUCCGGCUCAAUCCCAUCCUCACCGAUGGUGCGAUGAUCAUCAUGACGGGCGUGCUGUACAUGCCACUGAAAGAACUCAAUCUAAGUUGCUGUUCGAUCGAUGAGCAAAUCGAGGAACAUUUGCUGAUGUUGAUACGGUUCAACUCUACCAUCAGGCGGCUCGAUAUUUCCUCGAACCGUCUGGGACCGGCCAUGGGCGAACGGUUGCUGCAGCGAGUGCGCGAGAAUAAAGCGCUCCAGCAUUUCGAUCUACGCAAUACGGACAUUUCGUAUGAUGUGCGGGCGAUCAUCGAUGAGGUGAUCCUUGAAAAUCGCGAUCCACACAGCUUGAGCAGCUGGUAGCGUAGAAGAUCCCUCUGUAUUAUCUAUAUUUUGCUCUAUGUGUGAAUUAUGAGUGUGUACUAAUUGAAUAUACUUUAAAUGGUGCGU